AUGGCCUUCCUAAUGAAAAGUAUGUUGAGCAAUCAGGUAAAGAAUUUGGGGCUUGGAGGUGGAGGGGAAGAAAACAAAGAAGAAAGCACGCCAUCCGACCCAGCCGCGGCCGCAGGGAUGACCAGGGAAGAGUAUGAGGAAUACCAAAAGCAAGUGGUUGAGGAGAAGAUGGAAAGAGAUGCAGCAUUUGCACAAAAAAAGGCAGAGCGAGCAUGUCUGAGGGUUCACCUGAGAGAAAAGUACAGGCUCCCUAAGAGCGAACUAGAUGAGAACCAAAUACAGAUGGCAGGAGAUGACGUGGGUUUGCCAGAAGACCUUCAGAAAAUGGUGGCAGAAGACCAGGUGGAGGAAGAGGACAAGGACUCUAUCCUGGGGCAGUUGCAGAGCCUCCAGAACAUGGACAUGGACGCCAUCAAGGAAAAGGCUCAAGCAACCUUCACGGAGAUGAAGCAGGCGGCCGAGCAGAAAUGCUGCGUGAUGUAG